UGCUUUUGUGAUGAUAGUAAUUUCUAAAUUCCUGCCCUGUUUCUUCUUUGACAUUUUGCUUAUGUAGAAACAUGUUUCUAAUGUCAAAUGUUUAAAGUUUCCUGAACAUCUUCUUUUUAUUGGUUUCUAAUUUAAAUCUACUUUGGUCAUAUAAUAUUUUCUAUAUACUAUCAAUUCCUAAAGAAUUAUUGACACUUGGAGGCUGAGAAAAGAAGAUUGCUAUGAGUUAAAGACCAGUCUGGGCUACAUAGUGAAUUCAAGGCCAGGCUGGACUGUAUGACAAGACCUUGUCUCAAAACAAACAACAAAAACUAUUGAGAUUUAUUUUAUGGCUUAGCUUAUGAUCUAUCUCGGUAAGUGUGCACUUGAAGAGAAUAUUAUAUAGUUGAUAAAUGUAAUAUGUAAAUGUUGAUUAUAUGAAGAUUGUUGAUAUUAAUAUUCAAACCUUCUAUUUUUCCUUUCCUGAUUAUUUUGGCCUAUGAAUUGCUUAAAGAAGUGUAUUAAAAUUUCUUAUUAUAGCAGUGGAGUGACAUCUUUUUCUCUGUAAUUCUGUCCGCUUUUAUUUCAUGUAUUUUAACAUUCUGUUAUUAGGCACAUAUAUCUUUAUAAUUGUUACACCUUCAAGAUGAAUUGCUCCUUUUAUCUUUACAACAAGUUCUUUUUUAUCUUUGAUAGUACUCUUUGUCUUGUAUAUUUAACCUGAUAUUAAUAUAACAUCACCAUCCUUUUUAGGGUUACUGGUUUUUUUCAAAUAUCAUUUUGGGGCUUCAACCCAUAGUAAUGACCUUGUGAUUCAUAGUUGAAUACCAUCCUAUAGACAACAUAUAGUUAGGUCAUGUUCUUUCAAAUACUCUGAUGAUGGCUGUCUUCUAAUUAGAGUGUUUAUGCUAUUUACAUCUAAUGUAACUUCUGAUAAGCUAAGGUAUGUUUUAUUUUAUUUUUUGUUAUAUUAGUUCUCCUUUUUGUUUGUUCUGUUCCUCUGAGCUUCUGUUGUUUGCUAAAAGUAUUUGGGAAAAGAACUCGUGGUAUUUUGUUUCUUAUUCCAUAUACUCUCAGACCUACUUAUAUCUUCUUUACUUGAAAUAGAUCUCUUAUAAGAAGUAUGUAGGGUAUGCAAAAUAUACAGUUAAUGUUUAAAUUUUUAAAAAUUGAUGUAGUAAGAGAGACAUUAUGAUACUAUGAAUCCCCUUCAAUAUCUUUCUCCUAAAAUACAUUGUUUGAUCAGUCUUGCAUGCUUGUAUCUUGUAGCCUGAGCAAUUACUUUGAGGAUAACAAUAUGCACUAUAACAACCAUUGUUAAAUUCCUAUCAUCUUCUUUUGAAAUUCUAUAUUGGCAUUGAUUUUUGUUGUUGUCAUUUUGCUUUUGUUCCUGGUUUUUUUUUUUUUUUUUUUUUUUUUGCUUCUUGAUUUUUCUGUUUUUCUCUCUUUAAAAUAAAUCUUUCCCCUCAUUUCAAACACACUUCUCACAUUAUUCAUGCCAUUUACUGAAGCAGUCUAGAUGUCCUAUUUCCUGUCUUUACACGGUGUGAUAAAAAAUGUGAUGAAUGCUACAGUUGAGUGCCAUUUGAUGGAAAGGCAGGCUCAUAAAACCAUUACAGUGUGCCCUCCGCCACCUUAUUCACUGAAUGUGGCACCAUGCAACUUCUCGGCUCUUUUCCAAAGUCAGAAUGACCAUGAAAGGUAACCAUUUUAAAUCUGCUUAGGACACUGAGUCAACCAUGAUGGCACAACUAAGACACUCACGAAAGACGACUUUCGAAGUCCUUCAGAAAGUGGCAAGAUUGGUGGGAUCAGUGUGUUCAAAUCAAGGAGGGAUCAUUUGGAGGAGGUUAAUGGCAGUGUGACUUGUUGUAAUAGGUUUUAAAAUUUUUAAAACUCAAUGUAUUCCUUUUACCACACCAUGUAUGUAGUUAGGUUUUAUUUUUUUACUCACUCUAAUAAUCUUUAUCUUUUAAAUGAUAUGUUUCAAUCAUAAAUGUAUAUUGUGUGUGUGUGCACGUGGUGUGGCACAGUAUAGAAGAGCUCUGAGCUGCAUCUGCUGCCUUAUUUAUUUUUAAAUUUUGAGACAGAAUCUCACUAAAUUGUUCAGUCUAGCCUUGAACUUGCAAUCCUUCUGCCUGAGCCUCUUGAGUAGCUAGAAUCACAGUGUACCCCAUCAUGCCUGGCUAGAUCAUUAACACUUCAUGUAAUUAUUGAGAUGGCUGGUUUUAGGCCAUUCAUUUCAUUAUCUGCAUAUUCUCCAUUUUUGUUCUAUUAUCCCAUUAGUUCUUAGUAUACCAUUCUGUCUUUGGACUUUUUAGUUAUUAGUUUACCUCUUUGUAUUAUUAUUUUAAUGGUUGCUCUAGGAAUUAUAUAUACCUAACCAGAGCUUACUUUUUAAUAUAGUGCAUCAAAAGCUGUAUGGGAAGUCUAUCCAGUAGAUUUUUACUUAUAACUCACUGGAUAAAUUGGGUCUCAUCUCUCCCCGUGGACCAAUCAUUGUCCUUGGAUAGUGAUGCGGUUGGAAAAACGCUUAUUCUGGAGCUGGUGGAGGAAUCCAUCUACACUGAAACAGAGGGCUCUUUCUACUUCCUAAACAAGCUGAUGUUUGUUAGCAGGAAGAGGAACAGUGAUGAGAGGUUAAAUAACAGCCAACAUCUGCACAGUAAUCUUAACUAACAUACUUAGUUUAUCAAAUUUUUAAUCUUAGCAUGUUUUAACAUAAUUCUUUGUUUUUGUUGGUACUUUGCUUCAAUAAUAUAUUUUAACUAAAGAACAUUAUCUCCUUCAAAGAAUUGUACAAAAUUUAUCUUUCAGUAUUUAUUGCUUCCAUACUUCCUGUUUCUACCUGGGUGUUUAGUUGGGCUAAAAGUGUCCUUUAGAAUAAAUUGUGAAAAUUUGUGUAAAACUUGCCUAUAGGAGAUAACGUUAUUAUCUAUUAGUGAGUGACAUAUAACAAAUGAAUGAAUAGAAGUUAAUUAUUAUCUAACUACAAAAAUAAAUUUUAUGAAGAAUUACUUCAGUUUUAUUCUAACUGCUUAGAAUUUCUCUUACUGAAAUUGUUUUACAAUAAGGAGACAAUCAUAAUUUUAAAAAGCAAAUCAGAAAAGAUGUUGAUUUGCAUCAUUUUUAAAAGAAACUGGGUGUCAUAAACAAUGUUACUUAUAAUCUUGUCUUUAAAAGCUGAAGUAGUAUUUUGAGUAUCUGUGCCUUAAUGUAUUUGAGUACAAUAUGAAUGUGCUUGGGAAAAGAUCCUUCACUGGGGGAGAAAGAAUUGGCAGCUGCAAUGUUUAAUUAAAUAUAAGAUGUUUGGUUUCUGAAAACCAGGCCUAUAAUCCUGAAAGCACAUUUCCUAUUUUCUUUUCUAAUAGCAGCUUACAGCUCUUUUAUUACUGAUAAUUGAAUUAUAAAUUCUCUAGGGCAGAGACUGUAUUUUCUAUCUCAUUAGCAAUUUACAUGUGCAAAGGGACAGGCUAGCUAGUCAUACGAUGAUUUGCAAUUUAAUAAAUGCAUAGACACAUUUUCUUACUGAAUUUCCUUAACCUUCCAAGAAGAAAUGCUCCCACUUUGUGAAUAAAGAAGUUAAGACAUAACAAUAAACAAAGUGCUUCAUUCCCAGGAUUUGUACUUGUUAGUGAUGCCACUGGGUGCUGAUUUUCAGCUCAACACUAUUUCCUCAGGUCUUUCGGGUUGCACAAGUUCCCUAUAAUUGGGCCAUGCAUAACCUGAACAGACAAUUCCCUGCCACCUAAUGUUUCCCAGAAGGCCAGCAUGGGAAAUUAAAGUGGGAAAAUCAUUUGUUGUGCAGAGCUGUCCUACUAAACAUCCCCAGAUCUCACUCAUCAAGUACUGUCUCCCUGUGAUUGUAACUUCCAUAAACAGUCCUUAUAGUACCAGAUGCCUCCUGGAGGCAAUACUGUGUCAGUACACCCCACAUGCAUUCUCUUUAUGUCACGGAUACAGACAGGAUUUACAAUCACCAGGAAUAAAAACACGUUGACAAAGCAUUUCAAACACGUUUAAUUGCAUGCAUAAAUCUUCCAAUAUGCAACAUUGCUCUAGGGUGCUCAAGGGAAUGUUUGGAAAAGGGUGAGGAAUAUUCAAAAUUUUUUGAGAAACAGGAGCGCCAAAGCUUAGAAAAGGAGACACAGUUGGGGUAGAAGAAUCCCCUUAAAUAAAACUACAAGAGUAAAAAUCAAAGGUUCACACAGUCUUGAGGAAGACUGAAGUAGGAGGAUCUCAAAUCUGAGUCCUGCCUGGGCAAUUUAGUGAAAUCCUGUCUCAAAAUUUCAAAAUAAAUAAACAAACAAACAAAUGGGCUGGGGGUGUAGCUCUGUGAUAGAGUGCUCCUGGGUUCAAUCUCUAGUGCCACAACAAACAAACAAACAAAGCUCAUACUGAUCCAUUAUUAGUCUGUACUGGAUACUUUACUAAGCCACUAACCUGUUACUUAUUUAACUCUCACAACAACACCUUGUAUGUUUUGCUACCAUUACUCGCAUAGAUUAGUAAACUGUCAUCCUCCCUUGCCGCAGCCCUUAAUAUAACGUGGUCUUUCUGCUUCUGCAUUUGCCCACAUGUAGUCCAUUUUCCACAUAAUCAGCCAGAGUUGUUUUUGCAAAAGGAAACCAUGCCAUAUCACUCUUUCACUAUAAUUCCUGAAUUGUAUCCUAUCACUGCAUAAACUCUGAAAUCCCACAGUACUUAAAAGGCACACAUGCUCUGGCCCCACAGAGCUCCUUGGCCUCGUGUCCUUCUACCUGACCCACGUUGACCUCACUCCAGCUGGGCCAACUCCUCGCCAUUCUCAAAACAGUCAAGCGGCUGGGGAUACAGCUCAGUGGCACAGCGCCUGCACCAUCACUCCUCCAGGAUCUCCCCUACCUCACCUAGUCUCCAAUCAGGCCCCACCACCUAGAGAGCCCUGCCAUCCAUGGUUUCUCACUUCAUAACAAAGUGAGCAUGUUACAUGAUGCUUGUCUUAGGUGUCCCUGAAUCCUGUUCUCUUAGAUAACUGUUUGGCAUAUUAGUAACUCAAUAAGUAUUUGUUGAAUAUAUGUAAUUUGGAGGUAUGAAGUAAUUUUCCCACUGUUCAAAAAUAAUAAUGGGCGGGUCUAUCUACUCUGAACUCUCAACCUGUCAGAGAAGACUCACUUUGGGGAGAGGAAAACAAACACGAAUGGCAGGGAAGCUUAGGAUAGGAGAUGGGAGCAAAGGCUUUCUUCUCUCUGCCAGUAAAUGCCCAGUAGAACCUCUGUGUCACUGUUAUCCUUUUAAAUCCAUGUAAUAAUCAAGAAUUUUAUAAAAGGUGAAGCUAAGGUGCAGACACUUCAGCAAGUCAAAUGGAUCCAAAGUACACCUCUCUCCCUGGGCUUUGUAGUUGCUGGACAGCUCCAGAGGGCUUAGAACUACAGAGCUAGAAUUGCAGUCCACCACUGAAAUUUGUUUUAGGACCUUACUCAGGGUUUUUAUAUUACCUCUCCCACUUCUUGGCAUUAUGUCCUUUGUCCCUUUCUCUUUCUGUGCCAUAACUCCCUGGGAGCCUUGCUAGCUGUAUGUUGAGUACUUUAUAUUUUUUAAAAAAGCAAUUUUACAAUUUAAAAAAAUGGCUUAUCUCUUUGGCUAGGGGGAAGCAAGGGAUGUCGGCAGAAUAGAUUCUCCAAUGAUGUGGACACAGUUUCUUGCUGCAAUUUCCAAAGUCGGUUUAAAUAUGAUCUGAAUUUUCAGAAGAUUGUUUUUAAAAUAUAGACAUUCAAGAAGACAACCUUUGAGAAUGCAAAUUUUGAAGAACUUGGAAUCUUUUCAUUUUGAAUAUAUUAACUGCAGAGCUUGUCUAGCUGGAUAUCACAGUGUGUACAACAUAAGGAAAUUAUAAUAAAAACAGCUUCCUGCCUAGCUGGUGUUUGGUGCUAUCUUUGCCCUACACCAGUUUUUGUAUGUCAUUAGUUAGAAAAGUAUCUGUGGAUCAAGAGAUCUAAAGGGCAGAAAAUUAUGACAACUAGCUAGGAAACAAUCAAUUUCAAUCAUGAAAGUAUGAUUUGCAAUAUGAAAAUGAUACUUCCAAAAUUGUUUGCCUUGCUGUUGAGGACAAGACAUGAUUUAAUUGGAGAAAAAAAUUAAGAAUGCUUUAAGAUCACAUAGCAAUUAGAACAAAACAAUGCAAAGCAUCUCACGGGCAGAAAUAAAGGUGGAAAGAGACUCUGUCUUAGUUACCUUUCUCUUGUAAAGACAAAUACCCAACACCCAAAGUUAAAGGAGGAAAGGUUUAUUUAGCUCACAGUUUGUAGAAGCUGCAGUCCAUAAUCAUCUGGUUCCGAGGCAGGGUGGCACGUGGCAGAGGGGCAACCAUUCAUGGCGGCAGCAAAAGCAACAAGGGAGAGAGAGACCAGCCCCCGUCUGUCCCUCAGUUAUAUCCAAUCAGUGGACUGACCCAGAAGUCACCUGCCCUUAAUUACAGCACCCUUAAUUCCCAGUACUGCAUCACAAAUGAGUCACACUCUCUAGAUUCAACCACUCUGAAAAAGUCCCUCUGAAACUGCGUGAAGCGUUGGGGGACAUCUAGACACAAACCACAGUUGUGCCUCACAUGCCUUUGGAUUUCAAGGCUCUAGUUCCCAAAGGGUUACCCAGCAAUCUUCAGUUGGGCCUUUUCCCAUGAUCUUUGUGUAAUUUUCAUAUUUCUGUAAUAUGUCUGGAAAUGUUUUUGUAGGAGAGCAUUUUGAUGUAAGAUAGAACUAAUUGUGCUGUACCCGAAAGUGUGUGUGUGUGAGGGCAGGUUGUGCUCUUAAAUCCCAGCCAUUUACAGUCCAGUACAGCGUAGGGUAAGGGGAAGAUGACAGGAGAAAGUUACUGGGUCCCCUUCCAACACUGCAGCCUUCACAUGCCACUUCUUCAUGUACCCCAUUUUUAGUUACAUCACUGUUCAUCCCGCUAUAGCAUCAUAGGUCCAAGUUUUCUGUUGAUGAAAGAUUGUUUCAGCUGAGGAUAUAGUUCAGCAGCAUAAGUGCAAGUACAAGGUCUUGAGUUUGAAUCCCUGUAGUCCCUCCAAAGUAUCAGUCAUGAUAGUUGUUUUAUUGUUCAAAAACAAUGACAAAAGUAAUAAAAUGGUUAUUGUCAGUGGUCACUGUUCCCUCCUCUACUGAUUAUCCAUUAAUAUUAGGAUUCAGUGAGGAACUUCGUCAGUAAGACACAGUGGCAAACAGACUUCACUGAAAUUCUCCAAUAGCAAAUAAAUUCCUUGGCAAUGAAUUGGGGAGCAAGAGACCUUACCGACCUCCUGUGCACGGAGGAUAAACAAUGGCUUACUGAUCAUUGUGCUGUUAAUUUAAACUACAAUUAAAUUUAAAGUUCUAGGGGCUGGGGAUUUAGCUCAAUGGCAUAAGCACCUGCCUUGCAAGCAGGCGGUCAUGAGUCCGAUCCCUGGUACCGAUAAAAAAAAGAAACUUUAAAGCUCUAUUUGAGGGUAAUUGUGCUUGGGAAGCACAAACACUAAAGACCUUGAUGUUUUACUAAAUAUUCCUAUGGCUGUACAUAGGAGCUCAAUUAAUGUUAAACAAAUGACUGAACACAACUUUUUAGAGCACUCAUAUACCUUCCUUUCGCAUUUAUUACCCAAAUCUAUUUUCUAAUAUGCUAAUUGCAUCCCCAAUAAACAACCUAACUGCAGUUACUUCUAACUAUGUUCUAUUAGAAGAUUUUGUGAAUCUGGAACUCCGCAAAAAUAGCUUGACUCUCGUGACAUCACAUGCUAUUGGCUGCUAUGCAUAUAUCAGAAGAAUGAGGUAAGCCAAAUCUUUCUCAGUGGCCCUAACUUUGUGGAUAUCAUAUUUCCACUAGUGUGAUGAAACUCCUCAGAGACCAUGUCACACAAAUUUCUUGUCUCUGACAUUUGGAAGAGAUAGUUUUUCUCUGUCUCAAAACUGAAAACAUUUAUUGCCAUAACUAUAUGAUAAUUUAAAAUAUAUAUAUAUAUAUAAUCCAAUUCUCUCAUUUAAUGAAUAAUAACCUUGAAAGUUGGAGUGUAUUAAUGAUUAGUUGAGUUUAAAGGUCUCAAUCUUAGUUAGAAUUGAGCCAAAGAACAUUGGUAAGUAUUUCAGGCUAGUGACAACAACUACAAAACAAUGACUUCUGAAAUAGACCAAAAGAGGCAAAGAAUGGAUGUUGAAACAGUCCAUCAUGGUUAUUAGGAACAGGCACAAAUUGAAUGAAUGAGGUAGAACUGCUUACAUGCCUUAACAUGGAAAUGUCUCCAGACACCAUUGCAUGAAAAGGUAAUUGUGAAGUGAUAUGUAGCAGGAGUUCAUUUGUGUAUAUCAAAAUGAAUAGGGUAUGUUUUUCUCUUGACAAGCUAUGGAUAAAUGACUAUUUAAACAUUCUACCCUAAAAACAUUGCAGAGCUCUAGGAUUGAUCAUGGGAGUUAAAGGAAAGUUUGUCCUUCUCUGCAGUAUUUGAGUGUUUUAAGGAGAACUUAUGCAUUCGUUGCUUACAAAUUAAUUUCAUCAGCUACUCAGAAGGCUGAAGUAAGAAGAUAUCUAGCUAGUCCAAAGUCAGCUUGGGUAACAGUGAGACACUGUUUCAGAGGGAAAAAAACAAUUUUAAAGAGUAGUGCUGUAUUUUGCUGUCUAAUCUGCUUCCCUACUGCUUCCUCCUUGAGCUCCUUUGACUCUGUACUGAAGGCUGCGAAUGCCCUUGGGUUACCAGGGUGAGUGCAUAUUUCUAUCAAGCAUUGUGCGGUGAGGGGGAAAAUAUUCUCCUUUGGAGAGUAAAAACCCAUCUAUUGGCAUGCACGGGCCUAACAACUAUAUCUCAGUUACUAGUUUGUUUAAAACAGUAAAUAAAAACAGCAAGAACAGUAUUUUAAAAGGGAUAGGAUCUGGCUGGCCUAGGUCACUGAAUCAUCCGUUUCAUUUUAAUAUUUACUUUGGAUAUCAGCUUUUUUCCUUAAAUAUAUGGAAAAGCAUGAAGUAGUAACUUUUUUGAAGUAUUAAUUUUUUAACUGCUGAAAAUUAUCAAAGAGGUAAAUUUUAAAAUUAUUUUUAUAUUUUAUAGGAGGACAGGUAUUUUUCAGGAGGUUGGUCAUCUUAUUCUAAGUAAUAAUUUUUCCCCAUCCACUGCCUCUGCCUAACUUUAGGAAUUUAUUUCUUUUUUCUCUGUUCACAAUCAAAGCAUUUCAGAUUCAAAUAUAUGUAUAUAUCUAUAUAGAAAGAAAUAGAUUUAUAAUUUGAAGGAAGAAAAAGUUUGAUAUGUCCUAAAUGUAACUACAAUGGAGAGCAGAUAUAAGGGAGAAUUACUUAGUUAACAGCUAUGGGGCAAACCAGCAAAAGACUUCUGUAUUUCUGAAUGUAUGUGAAACAUUGACUUAUAACUUCGGGCAGUCAAAUGCCAGGUGCCACAAUGUUGGAUUAACCAGGGCUGGACUAUUAAUCUCAAUCAAUCUAGAAACAACAAAGAUUCUGCUUGUGAACUGGCCUUGUUACGCACGGCCUUUGAUUUUGUAUUAUCCUGCCUCUCUGACCUAUAGCAAAUAUAGGCUCAAUGUAAACAAUUUGUGCUUUCUACUCACAAAUUUUCCUUAUGAAAAUGCUCUUGGCUUUAGGUUCUAUAGAUCUAUUCCAAACUGCUCCCUAACCCUGCUGCUGGUAGUUGGGGAAUUUGUCUCAGGUCCUGGUCCUUUUCUGACUGGUAUCUGUAGUGGUUCAGUAAACCUUUCUGUUUCAGAAAACUCCGAGUUUCACCAUUUCAUCUUAAUGCUAUUUAGAAAUACAGCUUUAACUGGAAAAUCUGUAUAACUUGGGAGCCACUUAUAUAUACACACAUACAUCAAUUUAUAUACAUGUAUUGCUUAAAAGUGGGGACAUGGUCUGAGGAAGUAUCUUUAGGUGAUUUUGUCAUUAAGGAACAUUAUAGAGUAUACUUGUACAAAUUAAGAUGAAUAUGGUAUUACUAGGUAAUAAUUUUCAGCUCCAGUAUAAUCUUGUUGGACUACCACUGUAUACAUGUUCCAGCACUGGCUAAAAUAUUCUUAUGCAGUGCAUGGCCUGACUAUACAUACAUACACACCUACCCAUAUGCACACAAAAGACACCUGCACAUAUGUAAGGUACAUGUAUACAAAAAUGCAUGUGUAUUGUUCUUCAAUUAGGAAAGCUUGCAUUGCUUGGGAGCCACUUGAUGAGGUACUCUGCAAUUCUCCAUUUGAUCCAUACAAACAUUUUUGCCUAGAGUGGUAAACUGGCUUUUUUGAUUCCCACUGAAUAAUGACUAGAGAUGCCACCUAUAGUUUCAAAGAUGGAAACAAAUGUUUCCAUGUUCCCUGUGAUAUUUCCCUUUUGGAAAAAAUAACUCCACUUCCUCCUUUUUUUCCUCCAUGUGGCAUAACAUGUGUGCAAUGAAGAUGUGAAGCUAGGACCACAUCCUUUCCUUUUGACACUUGUAAAUACAGCAGAUCCUUUCCCACAUGCCUGUUCUGUACCUUACCCCAUGGUAGGCUCCAAGAUGGGAGAAUAAUUUAGCAGAAAUGAGACUCAGCAUCACCAUCGUGGGGCUAUGUUACCCCUGCCAGCUUUUAGGUCUCUCAGCUCUGCUGAGCUCCCCGGUUACCAGGACUACAAGCACUUUUAAAUGGAUGAGGAGUUUUGACAAAUGUGUGGAACCCAUUUCUGCAAACAAAGCCGUUUAUUUUAGGCUGAAACAUUUGCAGCAAAAUUUAAAUAAUUUAUCUAGAAUGUGUCAAGUUGAAUGCUUUCAUUAAAUCUUUUUGAAAUUUCUUUGGUUGAACAUUUAUAAACUAAAAGCCUUGUUAACUUACAUUUCUCAAGUAACUCUCUGCCAUUACUACUAACAAGAUGUAUGGACUCAGUGUUCCAAAAGCAGUCUCAGGAAUCAGAGCCUGUGCAGGAGAAAUAUCUUAUUUAGGGCAUUGAAGUCCUGAAGUGAGUCAGGACUUCAAGUGUUGUUUACUGAAUAUUGAAUGUUUAGGGGAGAAAAGGGAUUUUUGUUAGGUCCAGCUACCACUAAAUGGUGUCCAUUAUAUUACAAGCCAAAGGCCUGGAGACAUCCACAAUCCCACUCUCUAACGAAAAAAAAAAAAAAAGAUAAAUAAAUAAACUAUUUCACAGAAAUAUUGGCUGCUUAAAAUCAAAAGUAUAGUCCUAAACCAGUUAUGGUAAUACAUGCCUGUAAUCCCAGUUACUCAGGAGGCUUAAAUAUGGGGCUGGGGAUUUAGCUCAGCGGCAUAAGCGCCUGCCUUUGCAAGCAGGCAGUCGUGAGUUCGAUCCCUGGUACCGAUAAAAAGGAAAAAGACCAAAAAAAGGAGGCUUAAAUAGGAGGAUUGCAAGUUCAAAGCCAACCUGAGCACCUUAGCAAUACUAUGUCUCAAAAUGAAAUAAAAAGGGCUAUUAAUGUAGUGAGUGCAGUGAUAGAGUACUUGGCUUAAAUGUACAAGACUAAGGCCUUAAUCCUCAAUCUUGAAAAGAAGAAAAAGAAAAAAUGAAAGAAAAGGAAAAAGUAAUCUUUUUUAGUUAGAAUAGCAUUCCUCUUGGAAGGAAGGCUGAUCACCCCACGAGAACCAGCCCAAGGCUUGUGCUUGAUACUAGCCUUUAGUGGAAUUUUCCCCUCACAGGUUGGCCAGCACCUAGGGAUGAGCCUCUGUUCUUGAGAGUUGAAGCUUCAGAGGGUAUAGGAAGAGGGUAUAGGAAGAGGGUAUAGGAAGAGGGCUUCAGAGGGUAUAGGAAGCAGCCUUGCUAGGGGAACCCUGGUCCUAUGGAGCAGUCUGUCAGUCUAGUGGAGGUCCUGGGACACACUGCCCCCUUAAUUCUACAGAUGAUCCACUUUUAUUUGCCUCAAAGUGAUUUCUGACAUAUUUAGAAGUACAACAAGAACUUUUUCUUCAACAAUCUUUCUUCCUGAACUUUUCUUCAGUAGUGUGUCUCGGUUAUAUAGAUAAAUGGGUUUCACCCAGGCAGCUUUGUGUGUGUGUGUGUAGCACUCUUUAGUCAUUCCCUGCCCACAUCACUUUUCUUGCCCUCCCCUCCCCCAGUUUCCCAUUUGGAAGAUUCUGAUGUGUAUAAUGUAUUUCGAUCAUAUUUCUCUCCCUUUCUAUAGGAAUCUUAACAAAUGUUCCUGCAGGGUCCAGGGUUUUAUGUCAAGGAUAUUUUGAACACGUCUCAGCGCUGUCUGGCUGCAUUCCAUGUCCCCUUCUCCCAGUGUAUGGACCUAUCGACCAGAAAGGCCCCUGCCAGAGCAUAUUGUGCUGGGCUGUCACGGGUGGCAGAAACUGCUGGCCUCUCUUUCCACGACCCACAGGACACAUUUGCACCUCCAGCAUUUUCCGCACAAAGCGUGCAUGAUAGCAACACCCGAGUGUGGUUCCGAAACUGUUUGCUACGCUGCUUUAAAAUUCAUCUUUCUCUUUGGCCUCUGGAAGUCCAGUGAGAGAUCUGAAACUUCCUCCUGUCUGCGUUUGCAUGUAGUAAUGUUGGGGGAACUGAAUGAUAUUGAAAAUUCCAGAAAUGAGGAGAAACAGACUAAAACCACUCAGUACUUGAAGAGGGAGUCAAGUGCUUUAGGAGCGACUUUGAACUACCUCAUGAGUCCAAGAUUUUUGAUUUAUGCAAGCUGUGCCUUAUCAAUGUGGGGAGAUCGAAUGUGGCACUUUGCCAUAUCCGUGUUUCUGAUAGAAUUACAUGGACAUAAUCUUCUUCUAACAGCGGUGUUUGGCUUAGUAGUGGCUGGAUCUGUAUUAAUAUUUGGGGUCUUAAUUGGAGAAUGGAUCGACAGGAAACCAAGAAACAAAGUGGCUCAGGCGGCACUCUUCAUCCAGAACGGUUCUGUCACCACCUGCUGUGUGGUCCUGAUGCUCGUGUUCUCCUACAAAGGAGAGAUGGACCGAAUGUGGUACGGCUGGUUCACUGUAGCCUGCUAUGCAGCAAUCAUCAUCCUGGCGGCCAUGGCGAACCUGGCGGGGACCGCACUGACCAUCACCAUUCAGAGGGACUGGAUUGUGAGCAUCACAGGGGACAACAGAGGCCAGCUGGCUGGGAUGAAUGCAACAGUCCGGCAGCUGGACCAGGUCAUCAAUAUAUUUGCUCCCCUGUCCAUAGGCCAGGUGAUGACAUGGGCAUCUCAUGUGAUCGGUUGUGGUUUCAUUCUUGGAUGGAACUUGGUUUCACUUCUUGUAGAGUUUCUAUUUCUGUCCAGGGUUUAUCAACUAGUUCCCCAAUUGGCUGUAAAACACCAGCAACAAAGAGGGGGCCACUUCCUAGAAAGGCAACAGGAGGCUGUGAACAUCAAAGAUGAAAUGGACUUUUGGAAAAACACUGACACAUUCAUCAGCAAAAUCAGAACUUUGGAAAAACCAAAAGAUCAUGGGUCUCAUCUUAAAGGAAAUCGGGCCACAGCCAAAGGGAUUCUUGUCUGUCUUCGAAGCACGCACAAGCUGCUCUGCACAUGCCGCGAGGGCUGGGAGGCCUACUGCAGACAGGCUGUGUUCCUGGCCGGGCUGGGCAUGGCCUUCCUCUACAUGACAGUCCUGGGGUUUGACUGCAUCACCACUGGCUACGCCUACACCCAAGGGAUUGGAGGGUCCCUGCUUAGCAUCCUUACAGCCCUUUCAGCCCUGUCGGGCCUGAUGGGGACUGUUGUCUUCACCUGGCUCAGGGGGCGUUACGGCUUGGUCAGCACAGGAAUUGUAUCCAGUUGGCUCCAUGUAGGUUGUCUGACACUCUGUGUGUUUUCUGUCUUUGCUCCUGGAAGUCCUUUUGAUAUGGCUGUCUUCUCAUUUCCAUCAAACAAGAAUUCUUCAAACCAUACAUUGCUAAAAAAGCACCAGGAACACAUUUACCCCUUUGAAAGAAACCUGAACCAACCCAUCCUCCCAGAUCGCUCUUCCAUCCACUGGACCAACAGCACCGUUCUGUUUGAUGGCCAGCAGGACCCUGAGCAGCCUGAGUCUUACAUCUCCAUCAUCUUGCUCUUCUCAGGUGUGAUUCUGGCACGAAUCGGCCUCUGGUCCUUUGACCUCACUGUGACCCAGCUUCUCCAAGAGAACAUUCCAGAAGUGGAGCGAGGGGCUGUCAAUGGUGUGCAGUGCUCCCUGAACUACCUCAUGGACCUCAUCCACUUCAUCCUCGUCAUGCUGGCCCCACGGCCUCAGCAGUUUGGCCUGCUGGUCUUCAUUUCCAUACUGUUUGUCACCAUGGGGCACAUGCUGUAUUUUUUUUAUGCAAGAAAAUGUAAGAUUAAAAACACCCACAUAAAUGAGACAGCCAAAAAGGGCCCCCGGUCACCUUUAACUAGAGAGGUGGGCAGUGCUCCUCAGAGCUCUUGUGACACGGUUUUCCUUCAUCACUAGUGUGCUGCCUUGUGCCACUGCUACAUUUGACAGCAACUGUGCCAUCACUUUUGCCAACAGUGUCAAUUGCUUAAGUGUGCCUGUCCUGGCGGAAACUACCUGGAGUGUGAAAGGUUCACUCAUCAACUGGAGCCAGAGAGAGUCUUCCCCAGAAUCUCUGACAGAAAGGGGCUAGUUUUAAUUCUGCCAAUUUCCUAAUGCAGUAUUUCCAUUGUUUGUCAGGAUCUAUAAUUAGGGUAUUCUGGUCAACAUUAAAAUUAGAGGUAGAGCACAGCCAACUAUGUUUGGUACCGAUUCUUUGGAUGGAUUUUUUUGUUGUUGUUCUGCUGGCUUGCAAAUGUUCUUUGAUUGAGCUAAGCGUCCCCAGUGAGGACGGAAGCUUUUGGUUGGAGAAACAGAUCAUGAGGAAAAUCUCCGUGUGGCCUGUGGAGUCCGGAGCUGGGCCAGCGAGCCCCACAGCAGACUCGGCUGAGCUUCACCUCAGUGAAGAAGCUAGCACAAGCUCUGAUAAGAGCAGCACUAGCUAAUGAUGAGAAAAUAGGGAGCUUCUGGUCACUUAUAAGCAAUCAACACUAACGCUAGCUUUCUGAGUAAGCAGAAGACUCACCUUCUGGGGUAAACUAAUGGCAAAUUAUUAUUUUAUCAGAGCUCUAAGUUUUGUCAGAAAUGAAAACAAACUAGCAUUAAAGCUCUUUUGUAUCAAUGUUGGUGAACCUAUGGCACGUGCGUUGUUUUUCUUUUAAGACAAAAGAUGUUAGUGCAUGAGUUUUUUCUAAACUAAAACCUCAGUGUUCAGGUUUGACUGUGGCAUUGCCACUUGAUGAUAAAUGAGCGGGUUUGGAGUUGUGGUUUAGCUCUACAAUGUCCCCUCAGUCUCAGAGGUGACUGAUCAUGAGGGCGCUGACUUCGUCAGUAGAUUAAUCUGUUAAGCAGAUAGUUUGGUGCCAUCAUUGGUAGAAUCUAGGAUUGGGGUCUGGUUGAAUCUGGGUGACCUUGGGGACUAUAACUUGCCCCUGACCCUUUCCUCUCUAGCUGUUUCCCUUGCUCUCUGAUUCUGGCUGCAUGAGGUGAGCAGUUUUCAGCUGUGCUGUACACGCCCAGAAACAAUGCUGAGAGCCAAUCAUAGACUGAAACCUCUGAAACUGUGGGCCAAAAUCUAUCCUCCCUGCUCACGUUGAUUUUCUCAGGUACUAUAUCACAAUACUGAAAAGCUGACUGACAUAGGCCUCAUAAUUAAGAGGACCUUUCCGUGUGAGGGAAAGUCAUGUUUGGGAGUGGGUAUAACACACCCAGGAGCACCUAGCAGGUAGUGGGUGAUGAAAAUGGCAUUCCUCCAGCUCUGCACUGUUUUCAUUUUGGGUCAGCAUUUUUUGUGGUAGGGUUAUCCUGUGUAUUGUAGGAUAUUCUGUAGCAUCUCUGGUUUCUGUCCACUUGGCACUGAUUAGCACCCCUCCUCCCCAGCUGUGCUAACUGCCUCCAGAUACCACAAGUGUGUGUUAAGAACCACUGUUUAGGUGUAUCUGCCCUGGUGGAACUAUCUGGAAUAUGAAACAUUCACCCAUUAACUAUAGCCAGACAGAUUCCUCCCAAGAUGACCUGGAGAGGUUAGUUUUAAUUUUGCUAAUUUUAUCAUGCAAUCUUUUCAGUUAAGAGCCACUAUGUAAAAGAAGUAUAAAAACUAAAGGAAGAAUUUAAUUACUGUUAAAAAAAAAAAAAGACAGAUGGGAAUAGUGGCGCAUGCCUAUAAUCCCCCCCCACUUGGGGGGGCUGAGGAUUGUGCAAAUUUAAGGCCAGUUUGGGCUACAAGGUAAGCGUAAGGCCAUCCUGAACUACAUAGCAAGACCCUGCCACAACAACAAAACAAAACAAACAAACACAACACAACGAAAUGACAGGGUGGUGUACAGCUCAGUGUAGAGUACUUGCCUAGCAUGGUGAGUCCCUAGAUUUGAUCCCUAGCACCUUGCAGAAAAAAAAUAUCAAAAUCAAAAUGACAGCAACAGGAAAACUACAGGAAGGGAUUUUACACAGACCUACUUUUUAGAGCAAACAAUGAAGUGAAAAUGAGGGAAGAAUUCUGGGGAACAUUUUGCUUAACAUAAGGUAGUUUUUAAAGAGCACCUCAUACAAGUUCUGGUGAUAUUUAUGGUGCUGCCUUUCACCACUGAACCUCUCCCCUUCCAGAAAAAUGCCUGAAACACUGUAUUAACACACACACACACACACACACAAACCAACUGAAUAGAUCAGGAGACCAGAGCUAUUCAUCUGGAUUCUUCCUGAAGAAGCUGCAUCUUGAGAUGUUCCCUACAAUAUUCUUUAGCCCUUGAUUAGCAAGCACACAAAUGUUUGUGCAGAGUAGGCACAGAACAAAAGAAAACUUACUAAACACAUUCUGAAGUCUUGUUUAAAAUCUCCAGAAACAUAAGCAACAUGAGAGGAAAAUUUAUGUCAAAUCUUCUUAGUAGUACUGGCUCCCAACCCCUGCAACUUCUGUUCCUGAAAAAAAAUAGCUACUUCCCUGUAAAGUCUGCAUUUUAGUGCUAAUUUUACUCUUCCAUUUUCCCUCAAGGUUUUCCACAGUAGAAAAGCAACAUCUUCCUAUUGUGGGCCACUAUUUGCAUGUGCAUGAUUGUUUUAAUUCAUGUUUUAGGCCAGUGUUUUCCUACAGAAAUGUAAUGCAAAUAAUAUUUUUAAAGCGUAUCCAAUUACUUAGCUUACAACCUUUAUAAAAUUCAUAAUUUUACUUUUUGAUUUUAUUCCUCAACGUUUGACUUUUCAUAUCUACAACACCUGUCAGUUUAAACUAGCCACAUUUCAAGUACACGUUAGUCACAUGUGGCUGCAGGCUGGCAUGCUGGAGCGCCUGGAGACACUUAGACUCUGGAAUGAUCCCCAAAGUUCCCUGUAUUUCUUCACUAAGGGAGGCCUAUGUGACAUGAUAGUUCCAUUCUGCCUAGACUACCUGUAACAGGCCAGGGCAUUUGUACAAUGUUAAUGGCAUUGGUCUAUUCCAUCAGCUACAAUAUUCUGCCCUGUUCCCAGAAACAAAUGAAGGUGACAGAUUUGACUGAGUGUCCUCUCUUAUCUCUGAAACAGGCUUUUGUGGAGCUGUCAUAGAGCUGCAGAAGCAAGGUGGAAGCUCUGGAGACCAUUAGUCCCUUGCAGUUUAGAUCAACUCCACCAGGGGGCUGUUUAUUUAUGGUCGCACAAUCCUAGCUGGUGGUAGUUCACAAUUUCUUAACAAAAUAUUGGAAUCAAAAAUUUUCAGUUUAUAAACACAAGGUAGAUGUUGGAAAUGCAAUCUUUACGAGUAUAAAAUAAAAAUAACCCUUUCAAACACAAGUGUGCCUGCUUAUCUGUUCAAAAUGAGCAUGGAUUUCCUAGGAAGUGUCACUCAUGCCCUUCGCUUGCCUGUUAACCAAAUGGCCCCAACUUAACAGGCAUACAAUCAACUGACCAAUCUGCUCUACUGCCACUAUUUCUUGGUCCUUAUUUGGUUAUCCAACAGCUCCUGGUUUUGACUUCUUCCAAGUACAUGAGACCAUGAGGGAAAAACUACUUCAGGAAGCCUCAAAUGCAAAUGACCACUCCUCUCCUCCAUUUUGAAGUGAGUGAUGUUCAGUUGCCAAAUUUCUAAUUUGCCAGCUGGCUGUUUGCUCUUAGAAAGCUCAGAACCAAAUUAGCCAGAGUAACAGCAUGCAGUCCAAUGGCUUGUUUUUAUAUUUCUGCUCUUUUUGGUUUCAUUCUAAUUGUUGUAUUAUUUGAUGUUUAUAAACCACCCAAGGGCUGGGGAUUUAGCUCAGCAGCAUAAGCACGUGCCUUGCAAGUGUGCAGUCAUGAGUUCGAUCCCCAGUAAAAAAAAACAAAAAAAACCAAAACCCAAAACCCACCAAAAACCCUUUUAGGAAAGUGCCAGUGACAAGUAUAAAGAAAUUUAAGUUUCUUUAGUUUAUACCAAUAUUUCAAUCUUGCAGACAUUGACCUAGAUACAAA